CGGACACACACAGCGAUCUCCUCUUUUCUCGGUGCCUGCACUUAUGCCUGGCGGAGCUCGUUUCCAGCCGUCCUGCCAACCUGCUGCCGAGCGCAUCCCGUGCCUGCGCUCUCCCGGCGAAGCUGCGGCUCGGCUCUGCGGCGCCGCUCGGCCGCAGCCCCCCCGGCUCCCGGCCGACCAAAGUUGCCGCUCGCGGCCGCGCCGCUCGGCUCGGCUCCCGCCGCCGCCCCGGGAACGCCGCCGCGCACGGAGCAAGGGCACAGCAUGGCCUCGGCCCUCCCGCUGCUGCUGCUCUGCGCGCUCGCCCCCGCGGCGCUGCCGGACGCCUUCGGCCCCGAGGACGGCACAGACGACCUCAAGGCCCUGCAGGUCUCCAUCCCGCGGCGCCCGGCCCUCAGCGCCGUGCUGGCGGGCGACGUGACCAUCCCCUGCCUCAUCACCUACCUCCGGCCAGUGCCCACCGCCGGCGCGGCCGGGCGCCGCGCCGUCCUGGGGGCCCCCCGCGUCAAGUGGACCUUCCUGGCCGAGGGCCGGGAGCUGGAGAUCUUGGUGGCCCGGGGGGACCGGGUGAAGGUGAGCGAGGACUACCGCCGGCGCGCCUCGCUGCCCAUCUUCCACCGGCAGUACACCAACGCCUCCCUGCUGCUCACCGAGCUGCGGCCCAACGACUCGGGCAUCUACCGCUGCGACGUGCAGCACGGCAUCGAGGACGGCCACGACAUGCUGGAGCUCAAAGUCAAAGGGGUGGUGUUUCACUACCGCGAGGGCUCCACGCGCUACGCCUACACCUUCGCCGAAGCCCAGGAGGCCUGCGCCAGGAUCGGCGCCCGCAUCGCCACCCCCGAGCAGCUCUACGCGGCCUACCGCGGCGGCUACGAGCAGUGCGACGCCGGCUGGAUCGCCGACCAGACCGUCAGGUACCCCAUCCACACGCCGCGCGAGGCUUGCUACGGCGACAUGAACGGCUUCCCCGGCGUCAGGAACUACGGCGUGGUGGACCCCCAGGACAUGUACGACGUGUACUGCUACGCCCAGGAGCUCGCAGGGGAGAUCUUUUUGGAGACGGCGCCGGACAAAUUCACCCUGGAGGAGGCCGAGGCGCGCUGCCAGGCGCUGGGAGCCGAGCUGGCGAGCACGGGCCAGCUCUACGCGGCCUGGAGCGGCGGCUUGGACUCCUGCAACCCCGGCUGGCUGGCCGACGGCAGCGUCCGCUACCCCAUCGUCACCCCGCGGGAGCGCUGCGGCGGCAGCCUGCCGGGAGUCAAAACCGUCUUCCUCUUCCGCAACCAGACGGGAUUCCCCGACGCCCGCAGCAGAUACGACGCCUACUGCUUUCGAGAAGGGACAAACUCUUUCCCUGAGGCUGCAGGAAAAACCCGAGCCAGUGAGCCCGAGGGCCUCCACGGGAUUGUAACAGUGGCAGAAAAGCUGGAGGAGCUGCAGCUGCCCGAGGCGCAAGUGGAGAUUGAGUCGCGCGGGGCCAUUUACGCCGUCCCUUUCUUUAAGGCCGCGGCCGAUGCCGAGCUGGAAAAGCCGAGCCUUGCCCCCGAAGACGCGGCGGGGCCGGCGGCCCGGCGCCCCCCGCUAGCCGCCUCCGGCGGAGGGCUGCAGCCGGCGGCUGCCGCCCCGGCGCCCACGGCCCCGGGCGCCCCCGGGACGGGCACCCCGCGUAGCUGCGCCGUCCGAGCAGGCAGCCCGCUCGCUGCGCACGAGGAAGGGGCUGAGGGCACGGGCGCAAAAUGCCCGGAGGCCGGUCCCGAGCCGUCCCGCACGGAGGACGAGCAGGAGCCGGAGCGAGCCGGGGGCUCCCCGCCGGGCGGCGAGCGCGGGGAGCCGGCGGAGGAGAGCACGACGCGCCGGGCCGGAGAUGACAUCCAGCCCACGGAGCCGACCGGCCCCGGACAGACCCUCUCCGUGCUCCUCCCGGCGGGAACGGCGGCGGAGGCGCCCACCGAACCGCCUUCGCCCGAGCGAGCCGCCGCAGCCCCGACGGAUUCCCGCGAGCCGGCGCCGGGGGAGCCCGUCACCCCCGCGGGCGGCUGGGUGCCCGGGAGGCCGAGCACCCGCGGCCCCGCUCCGGAGGAUGCCGAGCUCUCCGGAGACGUGGCCCCCGGCGCCGGAGGAGCCGAGAGCCCCGCGGCCUCGCCGCUGCCCGCCGCGGCGCCGGCACCGCUGCCGGAGGACGGCGAGGAGCAAUCGGGGGCCCCGUGGCUGCCCGCGGCCACGGGCCACGGCGGCACCCUCGCCGUGGCCGAGGUGCCGGCGGCUACCGAGGCACCGGUACGUGGGAAGGACGGGAAAGCUGACGGCAGGAGGCCCCCGACGGGCGAAUCUUCGGAGGAGGAAGAGGAGGAGGAGGAGGAGGAAGAGCAGCCCGCUCCCUCCGUUGCUACCGUGGAGGGUUUCCUCGCAGCCAUUCCCGGAGAACCAGGUGAUUGCAUCCCCAACCCCUGCCUGAACGGAGGGACCUGCACGGAGGACGGCGACCGCGUCGGCUGCGUGUGCCUGCCCGGCUACGGCGGGAGCACCUGCGAAAGACCCCUGCGCAAGUGCAGCCCUGGCUGGGACAGCUUCCAGGGAGCCUGCUACAAGCAUUUCUCCACCCGGAGGAGCUGGGAGGACGCGGAGACGCAGUGCAGGCAUUACGGGGGCCACCUGGCCACCAUCCUGACCCCCGAGGAGCAGGACUUCAUUAACGACCAGUACCGAGAGUACCAGUGGAUCGGCCUCAACGACCGGACGAUCGAGGGGGAUUUCCAGUGGUCCGACGGGAGCCCCUUGCUCUACGAGAACUGGCACCCCGGGCAGCCCGACAGCUAUUUCCUCUCUGGGGAGAACUGCGUGGUGAUCGUGUGGCACGACGGGGGCCAGUGGAGCGACGUGCCCUGCAACUACCACCUCUCCUACACCUGCAAAAUGGGCCUGGUGCUGUGCGGCUCCCCGCCGGCCGUGAGCAAUGCCCGCAUGUUCGGCAAACCAAAGCAGCGCUACGAGAUCAACUCCAUCGUGCGGUACCAGUGCCACGACGGCUUCGCCCAGCGCCGCUCGCCCGUCGCCCGCUGCCAGGAGGACGGGACGUGGGAGCAGCCCCGGCUGGUCUGCCUCCCUGGCCUGGCUCAAACCCCCGACGACUGAGCAAGUCCCCGAGGCAGGAGCCACCACGUCCCCGGGCCCUGGCAUGGCGGGGGGACGGCACCGGGGCGCCAGCGCCGAAGCCAGCGGGGAAAGACCCCCCACACCUUUCCAUUUCCACCUCCUCGGCCGUUUUAUACCUGUAUAAAGAAUUUCUAAUAACUAAGGAUUCCCUUCGAGAGAAUCAGCAGCGACCCGGGCUGGAAAGCCUCGCUCUGCACGCAGGGUGCUUGGUUCCCGCAGGCGAAACAGAGUCAGAGCCGAGCCGGGGACCGCGGGGCAGGGCACGACUCCGGCGUCGCCUUGGGACCCUCGGAGCGGGGCCGGCGAGGAGGGGAGAGCCGCCGGCCCGCGCUGCUCGGAGCGGGUCUGUCCUCUCCCCACCCCACCCCACCCUCCAGGCUGCUGCUGGUAUUAAAAAAGAUAAACAGA